AUGGAGUUCGUUACUGCUCUUCGGGGCUCCUUCGAUGACCAGAAACCCUCGCUCUUUGAGCUGCUCUCAGAGCAGCAGCUCAAUUCUCUACUCCCGCCGACGUUACGCUAUCUCCUUACCGUUGCGACUCAGCGCCAUCCUCGAUACCUACUCAGGAUACUCAACUCCUUCGAUGAGCUCUACGCACUAUGCUUUCUCAUCGUAGAGCGACACUACCUGCGAACGCGAGGAGGCUCCUUUACUGAGCACUUCUAUGGCCUCAAGCGCGAGAAGGCGCUCGCCUCCGAGAUCCCGCGCGCCUCACACUCGGCACCAGCGAUCGUCCGAGAUACCCUCAAGUUGAGAAGCGCAGACAUAUGGAAGAACCUAGCCGUCAUGGUCGGCAUACCCUACCUGAAGCGCAAGCUCGAUGAGGCAUAUGAGGUCAACGCCCCACGCGAGCUGCUAGGCGCGGCAUACACACGGCUGCCGCCGAACCCGUCCAUCAAGGACCGUUUGCUGCACUACUACCGGUGGUUUCUGCGGAACAUAUACCCAAGCGUCAACGCCGCGUACUACUUCUCGCUGCUUGCGUUUAACCUGGCCUAUCUGUUCGACAACAGCAAGUACCACGACCCAUUUAUGUGGCUGAUAGGAACGCGGGUCCGGCGGAUGAAUGCGGCAGACUACGCCGCGAUCGAGGCCUUGGGCAAGGCAUCAACAAAAGGCGCCCCGCCCGGUGCGACAUCAUUGUUCUCCCCGAGGAACAUUGGGUCCAGAGCGCUGUCGAGCCUGUCAGUCCUGCUGCCGACGAGCAUCUUCGCGCUAAAGUUCCUGGAAUGGUGGUACGCCUCGGACUUUGCGAAGCAGCUCUCCAGGCGAGCGGCCGAGAGCUUGGACCUGCCCCCACCGGUGGUCUCCGGCAUGAAUGAGCCCAAGCAUCGCAAGGCUAGUGCGAAAGCGGCGGCUGAGAAGGCGAGCCAAGGGCAGGAGGACGAUGGCCAGACGGCGGAGGAGACGUUGGCAGAGUCCGCUCCCGUGGCAACCCCGUCGCUGCUCCCCAUCUACACCGUCCCCGCGCCAGCAGACUCGGAGCUCUGCCCCAUCUGCGAGGACGAAAUCACUACUGCGACGGCGUGUCAGACCGGCGUCGUCUACUGUUAUACCUGUAUCCAUAGAUGGAUCAGCGGCGCGCAUCCCAAGCAGGAGGCCUUCAUGGCCGACAAGACGGGCAAAUGGGAGAGUGGCGCCGGUCGGUGCGCUGUUACGGGAAGGCGCGUGCUGGGCGGGACGGAAGGACUGAGACGGAUCAUUGUGUGA